UUCAACGCCAUCUGAGAUUCAGCCAGCAACCGGAGUGCCAGAGAGUUCUUGUUAAUGAAGCGGAGAGUCCUCAGAGGAGACUGGAACAACAGCGUGUACGACUGGAGCAGAAACAGAAAAAGAAACGGCAGGAGCCUCAGAUGGUUCACUCCAAUGGUGACGACAAGAAGCCAAAGAAGGUCCGGACAAAACACACCGAUGAGCAGACCCCACUGGCCGAAGCAAAGUCUAUGAACCAGAAGGUUGCAGAGAAGAAGCCAAGGAAAAAGAGGCCAAAGGCAGAGGCAAAGGAUCCUGAGCCUGAGAAAGAUCCCUACGCCAAGUUCAUUAAGGACCCCAAGAAGAAGGAGAACCCAGCAUCCUAUUUCACUGUUGGGAAAACAUACAAAAAGCAACAGCAAGGGUCUGUGGUUGAGGAUGAGGAAGACGAGAACGAGGAGGAGGAAGAGAUAUUAGAGGUGACCAUAAAUCGUGCUAAAAAGAAAUCACCAAGGGAGAAAAAAGCUAAACAGAAAGAGCCAGACAAAGAUGAGCCUGAGUCCAAGACCAAAGCGAAAUCCAGCAAAACCCCAAGAAAGGAUCCAACCUUAACAUUUCAGACUGGUGCUGAGAAGAAAGCGAGAAGCAGAAAGAAAGAGUCACAGUCAGAACAGUAUGACAGUGAGGAUUCAGAACCCAAUCCAAAAGCCACAAAGGUGAAAAAGAAGAAGAAGAACACGGCCAACAUGUUCCAAGCUGGAGGAGUCGCCAACAAGGAGAAAAAGAGCAAGAAGAAAGAAUCUGAGGAUGAAGAAAAUGAGAUCUCCCAAAAGAACAGCAACAGAAAGGGAAAAUAUGCAAAGAAGAAAUUCAAUUCUGACAGUAUCACGACAAGGGCUGAGUCUCCGACUGUGGAAAUCGAUGACCUUGAGAAGUUUGUGUUGCAGCCUGCACCCCAGGGCACUACCAUCAAAUGCAGAGUCACCAGGGACAAAAGGGGCAUGGACCGGGGCCUGUACCCCACCUACUACCUGCAUCUGGACACUGACGAGAACAAAAAGGUUUUCUUACUAGCUGGAAGGAAGCGGAAAAAGAGCAAGACGUCCAAUUACCUCAUUUCAAUAGAUCCGACUGACCUAUCCCGAGGGGGAGAAAACUUCAUCGGGAAGCUCAGGUCAAACCUGAUGGGGACCAAGUUCACGGUGUUUGACAACGGACUUAACCCCGAUCGGGGUAGAGCUGACCGUUCCAAUGUUCGUCAGGAGCUUUCUGCUAUCACUUACGAGACAAAUGUGCUUGGAUUCAGAGGGCCCAGGAGGAUGACAGUGAUUAUCCCAGCGAUGGACGAGAAGCAGGAACGCAUCCCCUUCCGGCCACGUAACGAUAAGGAUGGCCUGCUCGCCAGGUGGCAAAACAACAACACAGAGAACUUAAUUGAGUUGCACAACAAGACCCCAGUGUGGAACGAUGAGACGCAGUCCUACGUGUUGAACUUCCAUGGGAGAGUGACUCACGCCUCGGUGAAGAACUUCCAGAUUGUUCACGAGAAUGACUCUGACUACAUAGUGAUGCAGUUUGGACGUGUGGCUGACGAUGCAUUCACCAUGGAUUACAAUUACCCGAUUUGUGCAGUCCAGGCGUUUGCCAUCGCUCUCUCCAGCUUUGAUGGGAAACUAGCAUGCGAAUGAUCAAAGACUUCCUGCUAUGCUACCAGUGUGGAGCUGGAAACUGAAGUGUGCUUUACUUAAUGUGCAAAUCUAGUGUUAGACUAACGUACACGUGGUAAACUUGUGCGGGUUUUCCUGAGGAUGCACCAGAACUAUAGAAACAUUUGACCUUGAGUAGCAACCACCUAUGUAGCUGCAAAACCCUGUGUCGAAAAUGGAGAGAAUAUGUUCAGAGUGGAGGACAGCACUUUCGAGUAGUAAAGUCAUGUGUUUUACCACCUGAACACGCUGGGAUUAGAGAAGUGAAUGACAUCUGUAGUUAAUAGCACUAUUUCCAAUUUUCCUGUCUGCAGAAGAAUGUGAUAAAGAUGUCUCUGAUUAUGUCAGGCUUACAUAUGUUUUAUGCUGGGGCAAUGACUUUCUUAUUCGGAAGGCUGAAAGUCUGAGGGGAUAUUCAGCCAAGAUCGGUGCAUUCACAAAGAGAUUCGUCAUGCUCUGUUGCGAUGUAGCACUGCAUAGACCUGCGGAAACACAUUAAACAGUCCGAUGUAUCAUAACCACAGUUUCACAUCAACUGGCAGACCCACCACCCCCAGCAUCCUGACCCCUUCAAUACACGGAGGCAUUCCAGACGGUUUCCGCUUUCCUCCACAGAUGCUGCCUGACCAAUGUUUUCUGCUCUUAAGCAAAAAUAAAAUAUAUGCUGCAUUUUAUAGAGCAAGACACACAAAAUCCUGGAGGAACUUUGCAUGCCGGUCAGCAUCUAUAGAGAAGAAUAAACAGUCAACAUUUUGGGUUGAGACCCUUCAUCAGGACUCUGAUAAAGUCCUGAGGAAGGGUCAUUAGUUAGGAGUGUUACUCUGCAUUUCCAGCAUCUGCAGAUUCUUUUGUGUUACAUAUUUUAUGGAUUACUGAUCUUCCCUGUUCCAUGGACCAAGAAACUUCAUUCGGCUGAAUUUGAAAAAUUUAUUGAUGACCAACAUCACAUUUCUGGCAACACUGGAGACCCCUUCAAAGUAAGAAAGGAAAGCUGGCACUGAAAAGUUGACACAUUUUGGGAGAAUUAGUAAGAAUGGGACACACAUGGUGAAUGGUAGGACUCAGGAACCUCAGUGUAAAUGUACAAGUUCAAGGAUCUUCGAAGGUGAUGGCACGGGUAGACAGGAUGAUAAAGAAACUGGACACUUGACUUCAUUAGUUGAAAAAAAGAAAGUAAGAGCUGGCAGAUUAUGGCAAAACUUUAUAAAGUAUUGUAUAGGUCAGUUAAUAUUUCAAGGCAAUAACUUCUGCCCCAUCUGUUUAAGAAAUUCCUCCUAGAAUUCACAUGAGAUUGAGUUUAAGCCAUUGCACCAAUUGACCAUUUCAAGCUACACAGUGGGAAGAAGCUAAUGAAGCUUUCUCAGUAGGAGAAGAUAAUUAUGCUCAGCUUCAGUAAUCUAUGUGGUCUCACAUUUCCCUGCAAUUCUGACCAAUGCUCCUUUACCCAGACAUAUCGUUCUCCAUUCCAUGUGUAAAAGAAGGCAUGCAGUGCACGCACAACUGCUAGAGCUGGUUCAUUUUACCAAGUGAUCUGGGUCACCUUUCUCAGCCACUUGUAGGAAUCCCACCUCUCAAGAGAGGUAUCAGAAAUAUAGUAAAAACAAACCAGACAGGACAGAGUACAAGGAAGGGAAAUAUUUUCACAUUGUAGAUCAUACAUAGCCAUUGCCAGAAUAACAGGGAGGCUAUGACAUCAAUCAGAUUGUUUUGUAAUCAUGAGCUCUGCUGCAGUGACACGUUACAAGCGAAAAGCACUCUCACUUUGCAGCAGCAACUAAGGUUUUCCUUAAGUGCGCAAACGAUGAAAUACAUAUUCACAAUCUUUCUGGCCAUUACAUUGCAAGGUAGACAGCAAUGCUAGCAGCUGCCACAUGACUGACACUUACCUCUGCACAAUGAAGAAUAUUGCAUGCUAAAUGAGAAAGUCCUACACAACACAAUAGUGUCACUUAUAACUAGAGAAAGUUAUAUAGGUUGAGUACCCCUUAUCUGAAAUGCCUGGGGCCAAAAGUGUUUCAGAUUUUGGACUUUUUCAGAGUUUGGAGUAUAUAAUGAGAUAGCUUGGGAUCAUUAUAAUUUCAGGCUCUGAAUUUAUGUGCUACUGGUAAGCAGUCUGUCCCCACUUGUUCAUCACACAUAUUGAAGAAUAACAAACAAAUGGCAGACUUUCAGUCUCCACCUACAAUGCCAUGUUUUGAUUAAAAGGUUAAAGUAUACGGUAUUUAUAUUUUUUAAGGUUUAUGUAAGAUAUGAAAACAAUUGUAGACUUGUUCUGGUGUUAGAUCUUCAUCAGCGACAAACUUGGAAAACUCAUCAAUAAAUUUCUCUGCUGAUUGGUGA